UGGAGCUGCGCAGAGAGGGACACGCGUGCGGUGCCGUUUGGCCCAACCACCUGGGACAGCGUGCGAGGAGAGCAGUUCAAAAUAAAAGAUAAAACUCCAGAUCCAAGAAGUAGCAGUCCUGUCUCCGUGUACGUGGACCUCCCCUGCAUCGCUGACCAAGCUUUUUCGACAAUCGCAUGGGGAGAUCUGGAGGACCGUGCCUCUGAGUUGAGACGGGAGAGAGAUUCGCUCAACUCUCAGGAGUCUGAAUCUGAUCCAGAUGAUAAAUACUUUGGAGAUUAUGCGCUGGAUUUCAUGGCAGAUUCAGCUUGCAUGCUGGAGAGCAGUCUGUCUCCUGCAGAGCUGGUACCAUUUCAGGGAUAUAUCAUUCCUCCCCUCACGCCUCAAAGCAGCUUUGCUGAGGAGACUAGUCUUGUUCACUCAAACACAGACACAGGCGGUCCGCAGGCCGAGGAUGACGCGUCAUGGAGAGGGAUGGCGGAGUGGCAAGGGACGGCACUGGGACAUUCAGUGUCCAUCAACAAACAGCUGCAUGAGACUCUUCACAGACAGCAGGAUGAGCUCGACUCCCUCGAGGAGAGGAAUCUCCACCUCAGGCAGCUGGCCAGUCGAGCAAAGCACUUGGCUUCAGCGCUGGAAAAACUGAUGACAGUCAGAAACCAGCAGGCGGGGACUCCUGUUGGGGAUAACGCCUCACUGGGCCCGUUUAAGAGGCAGCGGCUGGAUGAGGGAUACGAAACCGAGUCCUCGGACACGGUGGAGGAGAUGCUGAGGGACAUCAGCACGCGCUGCAACGCCGUCCUGCUCGGCACUGGCGCCGCGGCCCCAAAACAGCUGCAGGAGGCCGAGACCAUCCGCGUGCACGGUGCUUUCCCCGGCCUGCAGGUGUCCACACCCAGGGACGGCGGCACCACCGCGGCCGAGGAUGGAGACGGGGUCUCAUCCUUCAGAACGUCCGUCAGAGAGCACAGCACCAUCAGAACUCAGGCCUUCCCUCACGGACACGCGUUCACCUCCAGAACGCAGCAGGGCGGGUUCCGCUUCCGCUGGGUUCCCAACUGCAGC